AUGAAAGAAUUAUCUCCACGUUCAUCAUCAUCAUCAACUGUAGGUAUUUCGUCAAGAAUAAUAGGUCAAGAAGAUGAAACUCUCGAGUUAAAUCUAUCAAAUGUAGUAAAUAAUAGUAGCAACAUUGACGUAACUAGUAGCGAACUCUUACCAAAUCAUUCAUAUCAUCAGUCAAAUGGAACGCCAUAUUUGCUUGAGCUGGGGUUAUCAAAAUCUCUUAUGUCUCUUGUAUGGCUUGCAGGUCCAUUGGCAGGCCUUCUUGUACAACCUGUAGUUGGCGCACUUUCAGACAAUUCUACUUCAAAAUUUGGUCGCCGGAGGCCUUAUAUUGUUGUUGGUAGUAUUGCUGUUGUGUUUGCUUUCAUAUCUAUUGGUUGGACAAAAGAGAUUGUAAACUUAUUUUUCAGUGAUGAAAUAAUGGUUAACUUUAUUGCUAGGUGGUUGGCCGUUUUCUCCCUUUACGUUCUUGAUUUUGCUAUUAAUGCCGUAAUGGCAGGUUGUCGAGCUUUAAUCGUUGAUUCCUUACCACCUUCACAACAAGAAGAAGGUACGGCAUGGGCCGGUAAAAUGGUAGGGGUAGGAAGUGUUAUAGGUUAUUUUAUGGGAUAUAUUGAUUUGGUCAAAGUCUUUCCUUUCUUGGGUAGAAAUCAAUUGCAAGUGCUUUGUGUUCUUGCAAGUAUAAUACUACUCGCUUCUGAUGCAUUAACAUGUUGGGCCAUCCCUGAAAAAGUAUAUAAAAGCAGUUCAAGUUCACCGAUACCAAUAUGGAAAUCUAUUCAAGAAGUAAUUUAUUCAAUUGCAAAAUCAUUUAAUUCUCUUCCAAAAAAAAUUCAACUAUUAUGCAAUGUUCAAUUAUUCGCUUGGAUGGGUUGGUUCCCAUUCUUAUUUUAUACAACAUCAUGGGUAGCUGAAAUUCAUAAACGUACAACGCAACCAGGGUCAAGCGAGGAGGAAGCUAAAAGAGCUGGUUCAUAUACUUUAUUAUUGUUUUCCAUAGUAAGUAUGGCUGCAUCAUUUAUACUACCUUUUCUAGUAACUUCUUCUGUCUCAACUCCUUCAAAAUUUGCUUGGAAACAAUUUUUGAGAUUACCUUUGGUAUUUUUAACUUUACCAAAAUUAUGGACAUUAUCCCAUUUUAUAUUUGCUUUCACAAUGUUGGCUACUUGGACUGUUUCAAAUAUGUUUCUAGCUGAUUUAGUAAUUGGUUUAUGUGGUAUAUCUUGGGCUGUUGCUAUGUGGGCUCCUUUUUCAAUUAUCGGUGAAUUUGCUUCAAAACGAACUAAAGUUGGUGGUAGUAAUAAUAACACUGCUUUUACUACUUCAAGGAAUGUUUCUUUAACAAGAUUAGACCUAAUUGGUUCUGUACAUAGAACUGAUGAUGACGAUGUAGAAUAUGAAGAAUUAGAAAAUAUGCGUGAAGUCUCUGUUGCAGAUGAUCAUAACAUGGAAGAUAUGCAAUUUUUAAAUAAUAAUCAAUGUGAUGAUGGCUCAAUUCGAAGAGGUAGAUCUAUGCAUAAUGAUCAAUCUAAUAAUGGAUCUGAUGCCGGAAUAUUAUUAGGGAUUCAUAAUAUAUAUAUUGUCGUACCACAAUUUAUUGCUACAUUUUUUAGUAGUAUAGCUUUCGCUUUAUUAGAGCAUCAAACUAGCAACAAUCUUGGAAAUGGUAAUGAGACUGCAAAUGAUGCAUUGAACACACAAGCACAUGCAGAUGUUAAUGCUGGUGUUGAUUCUAUCGGAUUUGUGCUAAGAUGUGGAGGCUGUAUGGCUAUUGUAGCCGGAUUUUUGAGUAUGAAGUUAUGGAAAUGA